ACCAAAUAAGUUUAUAGUUCUAUCAAAAAAUUGAGUUAAUUUAAAUUGAAGAAAAUGUGAAACUUUCAGUGUUUAAUGAAAUGAAUUAGAAACAAGUAAUUAGGAGACACAAUUAGACAUCGUAAAAAAUUGAUUAUUUCUCAUUUUAAACACCGAUAAUAAACAUAAUCAAAAUUCUGUUAAUUUGAACCGCAACUUCAUCUAUUUAUUUUAUAAAUUGAUUGUGUUUGGUUGAACACUUUAUGUAUCAAUAAUUAUUAUUAUUUGCUCAUUAAUUUGAUUCAUCAAAGUUGUUAAUUAACGCGAAUUGAGUGAAUCAUCAUCAUCAUCAUAUUCACUUAAUAAUCAAUAUUUUGUGUUUUUAUCAAGAUAUCAUCAUUAUCAUAAUAAUCAUCAUCUUAGUCUCUAUCAAAAUAAUUUAAUUUAAUUUAACUGUUUCAACAAAAAUGAGAAGGAAAUUAAUGUUUCUUAAUUGUGAUUCAGUUGCUACUCAAACAAUUUGGAUAUCUAAAUCAUCACCGGUGACAUGUCUUCAAUUACUAUUAUUUUUACUGAUACUUAAUUGUAGUUACAAUUUGUCUGUAAAUUCACAAAGUUUAGAAAUUGACUAUUCAGGUCACACAGAAGUCGAAGGUAUCGCUGGUCGAUCAGUCUCUUUACCAUGUAACAUAACGAUAACCAACGGGAAUAUUAAAGAAGUGGCCAUUAUUUUAUGGUACAAAGGAGAGACUGGAAUUCCUGUUUAUACAGUUGACACUCGGAAUAAAAGUUCAUUAAGUGGUUCAAUUCAUAUUCCAUCGAGUUCUUAUAAGAGUCGAUCUUAUUUUGAUAUGUCCAAAAGUCCACCGACUCUACGAUUAGAUAAAGUUAGUGAAAAAGACUCAGGUGAAUAUCGAUGUAGAGUCGAUUAUGAAAAAUAUCCAACACAAAACUUUCACAUCAACCUAACAGUUAUCGUUCCACCUAAAUCAGUGAUUAUUGUUGAUUCCAAUGGAACCCGAAUGGAAGGUGUAAUUGGCCCAUUCCUAAGAGGAACCACCCUGAGACUUACAUGUAAAGCUAUUGGGGGUGAUCCCUCGCCUAGUAUACGCUGGUGGAAGGGUGGGAACAUGGUUGAUGAUUCCUAUCAGAUUUCACAGAAUCGAACAGUUUCUAAUGAAUUUAUCGUGGAAAAUAUCGAUCGUGAUAACUUAUUAACCGUAUUAACGUGCCUAGUUUCUAAUACUGACCUUAUACCGCCCAAAGAAGUUUCAGUUUCAAUUGAUAUGAUUCUUGAACCUCUUGGUGUUGAACUUUUGCUACAAAAUACUUUUCUACCUGCAAACAAUGUAAGUGACCUCAUCUGCUUAUCCUAUGGUUCUCGUCCACCCGUUCAAGUGAAAUGGUUCAAAGAUGAUGAGCCUUUGAAUGUAACUACAAGUUUAAUCCUCUCCAAUGACGGUAACUCAACAACCUCAAAGUUUCAAUAUAAACCGACCAUAGAAGACAAUGGAAAGGUCAUUUCUUGUUCAGUGGUCAACACAAAAUUAUCAAUCUCACCAUUAAAAGAUGAAACAAUUCUCAAUAUUCACUAUACACCUCAAGUAUCAAUCGUCUUAGGUACUAGCCUUCAAUUGGACACAAUUCGUGAAAACACCGAUGUCUAUUUUGAAUGUAAUGUUCGCGCCAAUCCUUGGGUCACUGAGGUCACUUGGCUUUUUGAAGAUGUUCCUCUUUACACCAAUCCCUCGGCUGGAAUAAUUGUCUCCAAUCAAUCACUUGUCCUUCAACAAGUUAAACGAAGUCAACGUGGACAUUACCAAUGUUCAGCAAGGAACAGUCAAGGAACCGGAUACAGUGAAAAAUCAUAUCUCAAACUAAACUGUAAGUUGUAAUAUUUUUUCGCCACUCAUUCAUCAAUGAAUUGAAAACUGUAAGGCUGGAAAUCGAAACACUACAAUUAGGUAUCUUCGAGAAACUCAGAGAACAAAUAACCUCUAGAAGCAGCAUGAUGACCUUUUGGGCGUUUUUGCUGAUCUCUCAAUCUUAUCUCUUUAAUGAUAAUCAUACAAAUAUCUCACUUAAUCUACAUUAAGACUAAAAGAUAAGAUAUUGAAUGAUGUCCGAAGAGUAACAACUUUGCUCUUGAUAUCUUAUGAUGUCACUUUAGUUUCCCCUUCAUCUUAUAAUGAUAAUAAAUUUGUUUCCUGUUCCGUUUUCUCAUGAUUCUAAUUGCAACCCAAACAAUUUGAGUUAUUUCACUUCUCAUAACGUUGUGCUUGUGAUUCAAUUUACUUUUGAGUUUUGAUUAGUUACUAAUUUAAAUUGGUGUACAUGGUGUGAAGUUCAUGUGAUCUGUUUAUUAAAAAUCUUAAAAUUCAAACUCUGAGUUAGUUUCAGCUCUUUGAAAUUUGUUAUUAUCCAUCAACUGUGUUGUGUUAUUGUGAAUUUGACUGGAACUCCGAGCAUCAGAUUAGUUCAUCAGUCGUGAAUCAACAAGUGUCUUCAAUAAAUCUUCUAAUCGGUGAGUUGACCAAUGGUCAUUUACAAAUUUCUGUCAAUUUUUCGUUGAGCUGGUGAAUGUGAGACAAUAAGAAGACUACAAUUGAUCAAAAUUUAGGUUGAAAUUUUUUCUCUUUAAAACUUGACGAAUUUAUUGUUCAAUUCUACAUGAUAA